CUAAGCUGACAGCAGCGCAACCAUGUGAAUUUACCAGGACACCGCUUUUGCACGCCAAAUGGAUGGAAUUAACAAAUACAACGAAUUUGUGGCACUACACAAACCACAGCUGGAAUCCUCCUGUGUGCCGGUUCACCUAUGGCCGGCUUUAUACCGCAAACUGGCUGCGGACUGCUUUGAUGCCGGUGAAGCGCUGCAAUUGAUGCUGAUCGAUUACGACGAGGACAAUGAUGAUGUGGAUGAUGACAACAAUGCGAGGCCAGUGUUUGCUCUGGAAGUGGCACGUGAGGAAGGGAUCAAGGUAAAUGAUCCACAGGCUGUAUAUCUAAUAGAUCAUGCCUGGACAUUUCGCAUGAACAGCGCGCGCCAACAGCUGGAACAGUAUUCCCAGCUGGCGGAUCGUUUGUCGGCGAUCACCGGCGUGGACCUGGAGCAUGAGCAGCGCAUUGACAAGAUUCUGCGUCGCCUGUGGAAGUAUUGUCAUGCUUACUCCAUUGCCAGUGAAGGAUUGUCGGAUGAGGAACGCAUGCCCAUUUGGUAUGUCAUGGAUGAAGUUGGAUCGGCUGUUAAUCAUUCGGAUGACCCGAAUUUCCGUUUGGUACCGCUGCUCUAUCUAAACACUCAGACCACAUACAGCAUACUGUUCCCCAUACGGGAUUGUGAACUGGGAAGUCCUGUGACCCGUGACUUUGUGGAAUAUGUCGCCAAGGACGCGCCGCAAAGAUCAGCGCUAUUGUUACCUUGGCGGGAGUCUGAUCUUAGUGAUGAAAGCUUUCUGCAAGUGGAACCCAGUGCCGAGUACUUUUCCAGUGGUCACAUACCGGAAACAUAUCCGGAGGAAGCUGACACUGGAGCUAACGUAUUGCCAUCUCGCUGUAAUCCUCUCAAGGUGUACGCCCAGUACGAUGUGUUGCGUGCUCAUCUUACAGCUCCCGAAUUCGUGCUGGUCGAUGGCGAAGAGGAGGCGGAUAUCCUAUGGCUCACUUCCCACUAUAAGAAUUUCGCAGAGUUGGCUGUGGAAACUCCGCACAAGUUCAUCAAUCAGUUUCCCUUUGAGUAUGUCAUCACCAUCAAGGAUCUGCUGAGCAUUGUGGGACGUCGUGCGGCGCCGGAACAUCACAAUGAGGAGACGCUGGACACUUAUCCCGCCUGGUUGCCCACCACUUAUAAUCUGGCCACGGAGCUACGUGAAUUUGUUGCCUACUAUCAAAGGCGUGCCUCGAAAGGACUCGAUAAUCAUUGGAUUAUCAAACCCUGGAACUUGGCACGUGGCUUGGACACGCACAUAACGGACAACAUUAAGCAGAUUGUUCGUUUACCGGCAACAGGACCAAAAAUAGCACAAAAAUACAUUGAACGUCCGGUGCUGUUCCAGCGGGAGGAACUCCAGGCCCAGGUGAAGUUCGACAUACGCUAUGUGAUUCUAUUAAAGCGUGUGAAGCCAUUGGAGGCGUAUGUGCAUCGCAAGUUCUUCCUGCGCUUUGCCAAUCGUCCCUUCUCGCUGGAUCACUUCGAUGACUAUGAGAAGCACUACACCGUAAUGAAUUACCAGGAACAGGCGCAACUGCAUCACAUCCAAUGCGAUGAUUUCCUUCAACUUUGGCAGCAGCAGUAUCCCUCCCAUGACUGGACCCAGGUGGAGCAGCAAAUCUGUACUAUGCUGUACGAGGUGCUUCAGUGUGCCAGCAAAGCGCCGCCUCCAUGUGGCCUGGCGCCUUGUAACCAAUCCCGUGCCCUCUAUGCAGCGGACAUUAUGCUGAGCUGGUCGGGUAACGACAAUGAUCAAAAGAUGAUGGAACCUAAGCUAUUAGAGAUCAACUGGACACCUGAUUGCAAACGUGCAUGUGACUAUUAUCCCGAUUUCUUUAAUGACAUAUUCAAGCUGCUCUUCCUCGACGAGCAGAACAACGAGAGCUUCAGGCUGCUCACAGCGGAGGGUCAAUAAAUAUAUCAAUCUAUCACUUUAA